UCCUGAACGAGUGACGAGAAGCGCAAAAUAUUAACCAUGGUUAAGAAGGGAGGUGGGAGUAGUAGGUGGAUUUGACCGGUCUGGGUUGGUAGGCGUUGGUUCUUCAUUCAUUGAGUGAAGAAACCAGCAUUGUUUCCCUCGCAACGCAACAAUAAAAACCCCAUUCUCUUCUCAUUUCCUUCUUCAAGAGUCUCUCUCUGUUUCUCUCAGCUCCCAACUACUUCUCACACCUAACAAUUCUUGUGAGAGAGACUCUUUCUUCUUCUUCAUUCUUCAUUCUUCAUUCUUCGUUCUUCAAUCGAUCAAUUUCCAUGGAAGAAUCAAGCUCCAUGAAGAUUUCGCCUCUGGAUCUGAUGUCCGCCAUGAUCAAGGGCACACUCGACCCUUCCAACGUCUCCUCCACCUCCGGCGCCGGCUCCGUCUUCCUCGAGAAUCGUGAGUUCGUCAUGGUGCUUACCACCUCCAUCGCCGUCCUCAUCGGAUGCGUCGUCGUUUUCAUUUGGCGCAGAUCCACCGGUAACAAGGCUAAGUCCAUCGAGCCUCCCAAGCGCGUCGUCGAGAAGCUUAGCGACGAGGCUGAGGUUGACGACGGUACCAGAAAGGUCACCAUCUUCUUCGGUACUCAGACUGGUACUGCUGAAGGAUUCGCCAAGGCGAUUGCGGAAGAGGCAAAAGUGCGAUACGAAAAAGCCAAGUUCAAAAUUGUUGAUAUGGAUGAUUAUGCCCAGGACGAUGAUGAGUAUGAGGAAAAGCUCAAGAAAGAGACACUGGCACUUUUCUUCUUAGCUACAUAUGGUGAUGGUGAGCCAACUGAUAAUGCGGCGAGAUUUUACAAAUGGUUUCUGGAGGGAGAUGAGAAAGAAGAAGGAUGGCUUCGAAAUCUUGAGUAUGCUGUUUUUGGUCUGGGGAACAGGCAGUAUGAGCAUUUUAAUAAGGUCGCCAUUGAAGUGGAUGAUAAGCUUGCUGAUUUUGGUGGGAAGCGUCUUGUCAAAGUAGGUCUAGGAGAUGAUGAUCAAUGCAUAGAAGAUGACUUUACUGCAUGGAAAGAAGAAUUGUGGCCAGCAUUGGAUGAAUUGCUUAGAGGUGAUGAUGAUACAACUGUGUCUACACCCUAUACGGCUGCUGUGUUGGAGUAUCGUGUUGUUAUUCAUGAUCCAUUAGAUGCAUCUGUCGAUGAAAAGAAGUGGCAUAAUGUUAAUGGCCAUGCUAUUGUGGAUGCUCAACAUCCAGUCAGGUCAAAUGUGGCUGUGCGAAAGGAGCUUCAUACUCCUGUGUCAGAUCGUUCUUGCACACAUUUAGAAUUUGACAUUUCAGGCACUGGAGUUGCAUAUGAAACAGGGGACCAUGUUGGUGUUUACUGUGAGAAUUUAUCUGAAACUGUGGAAGAAGCAGUAAGGUUACUAGGUUUGUCACCAGAUACCUAUUUCUCCGUCCAUACUGAUGAUGAAGAUGGGAAACCACUUAGUGGAAGCUCCUUGCCACCUACUUUCCCACCAUGUACUUUAAGAACAGCAAUUGCCCGAUAUGCAGAUGUCUUGAGUUCACCCAAAAAGUCUGUUUUGCUUGCCUUAGCUGCUCAUGCAUCUAAUCCAUCUGAAGCCGACCGCCUACGACAUCUUGCUUCACCUGCUGGAAAGGAUGAAUAUUCAGAGUGGGUGAUUGCCAGUCAAAGAAGUCUCCUUGAGGUCAUGGCUGAAUUUCCAUCAGCCAAACCUCCAAUUGGUGUCUUUUUCGCAGCAAUUGCUCCUCGCCUGCAGCCAAGAUUUUAUUCGAUCUCAUCAUCUCCUAGGAUGGCUCCAUCCAGAAUUCACGUUACCUGUGCAUUAGUGAAUGAUAAAAUGCCCACUGGUAGGAUUCAUAGGGGAGUGUGUUCAACAUGGAUGAAGAAUUCUGUGCCAUUGGAGAAAAGUCAGGACUGCAGUUGGGCUCCAAUAUUUGUUAGACAGUCCAAUUUUAAACUCCCUGCUGAUAAUAAAGUGCCUAUAAUCAUGAUAGGUCCUGGCACAGGAUUGGCUCCUUUCAGGGGUUUCUUGCAGGAAAGAUUAGCUCUGAAAGAGGAUGGAGCUGAACUUGGCCCCUCCGUUUUAUUCUUCGGAUGCAGGAAUCGUCAAAUGGACUACAUCUAUGAAGAUGAGUUGAACCACUUUGUCAACAGUGGUGCGCUUUCUGAGCUCAUUGUUGCCUUCUCACGGGAGGGACCUACCAAGGAAUAUGUGCAACAUAAAAUGAUGGAGAAGGCUUCGGAUAUUUGGAACAUGAUAUCUCAGGGAGCUUACAUUUAUGUGUGUGGGGAUGCCAAGGGCAUGGCUAGGGAUGUGCACCGUACUCUGCACACAAUUUUGCAAGAGCAGGGUUCUCUCGAUAGUUCCAAGGCUGAGGGUAUGGUUAAGAACCUACAAUUGAAUGGUAGGUAUUUGCGUGAUGUAUGGUGAUCAUAUCUGAACGAAGCACAUGGAGGUAAUAGAAGUCUAGUGGGGUAGUAAGAUAUUGGAAGAGCCUUAUUUGUGCUGUCUUCCAUUGGGGUCCUCAAAAAAAAAGGGAGGGGAGGGGGUCUGCUUGUUGUCAUCAUGGCAAUAGCCCCCAUGAUUCUUUUUUCACUAUACUAUUAAAUGGAUUCUUUUUUUAUGGUUUAAUUUAAAACUACUUUGUUUGUAACUAGAUUCUGAAUAAUGUAUCUAGCUUUCUUGUAAUAUUUAGACCUGUAAGAAGGGCUUAGAGAUGCAGAUGAUUCCUUGUAUUUGUAUGAACCGAUAAACAAUUGUUCGGAGAUGAAGAAAAUAUUAUUUCUGCAA